AUGAGUGUACUGAAGGUGAAUGGGGGGCUCAGUGCGCCGUUCAGUGUGGGGAGGGGCAUCAGGCAGGGCUGCUCUCUGUCUGGGAUGCUCUACUCCCUCUCCAUCGAGCCCCUUCUGCAUCGGCUCAGAGCUGACCUGCAGGGGGCGCUGCUGCCUGGAGCACGACCAUUUAAGGUCUCUGCGUACGCAGAUGACCUCAUUGUGUUCGUUAACAGCCAGAGGGAUGUGGAGGUCCUGGCUGACACAGUGCAGGUCUUUGGUCAGGUCUCCAGCUCCAGGGUGAACUGGAGCAAGAGCUCUGCCACUCUGCUCGGGGAGGGUCUGAGGGGUCUCAGCCUGCCUGGGGGACUGGUGUGGAGGACAGGGGGCCCGGCCUGGGGGGCCCUGUACAAGCCCCCUCUGACCAAGAGACAGGGAGACCUGCAGUGGAGGCUGCUGCAUGGGGCAAUAGCAGUCAAUGCCUUUGUGUGUAGGGUGAACAGGGCUGUGGGGGAGGGCUGUCCCUUCUGUGGGGAGAGGGAGACAGUGUUCCACUGCUUCUGGGAGUGUGGGAGGCUCAGGCACAUGCUGGAGCUGCUGAGGGGCCUCUUCACUUCACUGGGGGCAGAGUUUAAUGCUCAGGUGUUUGUGGGGGGGGUCAGGUACUCCAACCACAGCAGGAGGAGGGGGUGGCUGCUCAGUUUCCUGGUCGGUCAGGCCAAGAUGGCCGUCUAUGUGAGCAGGAGGAGGAUGGUCCAGGACCAGAGUGAGAUCAGUCCCAGGGCUCUGCUGGUCCGGAUGGUCCAGGCCAGACUCAGGCUGGAGUUCGGUCUCUAUAGGAUAAAUGGGGAUCAGGAGGGGUUUGAGGAGCGCUGGGGGUUCAGGGAGUCCAGUGGCUCUCGGGGCGUCCGUGCAGUUCUCGGAGCCAUGGAAGUGAAUCGGGACGAGGCGGAGCGGUGCAUCGCCAUCGCCGCCCGGGCCUUGGCUCUGGACCAGCCCGAGAAGGCGCUGCGGUUCCUGGAGAAGGCACAGAGGUUGUUCCCCACGGAGAAGGCCCGAGCGUUGCUGGAUCUGAUCUCAAAGAACGGAUUCAGACCGAGACAAAACAAUCACACGCAUUUCAACACCAGGUCAGAACCGAGACAGCGACACCAGAAGAGCGACGAGACCACACCAGAGGAGAAGGCCACAGAGAAGUCCUACACUGGAGAACAGGUGGAAGCAGUGCGGAGGGUGAAGCAGUGUAAAGACUUCUAUGAGAUCCUGGGGGUUCAGAAAGAUGCCUCAGAGGACGAGUUGAAACGAUCGUACAGAAAACUGGCGUUGAAGUUUCACCCGGACAAGAACCACGCACCAGGAGCCACCGAGGCGUUUAAAGCCAUUGGGAAUGCGUACGCUGUGCUCAGUAACUCGUCCAAAAGGCGUCAGUACGAUGAGUUCGGAGAGGAGCGGACGCACACACACACACCUGGUACCAACCAUAGCAACUUCGGUACCAACAGCAACUUCGAACCCGACAUCUCACCUGAAGACGUGUUCAACAUGUUCUUUGGAGGAGGCUUUCCUACCAGUAAUGGUCACGCAUACACUCACACCAGAACCAGGUACCAGAGACCAGCUCCGAGGAGAGAGAGGCAGAGAGAUGGAGGUCUGGCUCUGUUCGUGCAGGUGAUGCCGAUCCUCAUCCUCGUCAUCGUCUCUGCUCUGAGUCAGCUCAUGGGUCACAGUCCGGCCUACAGCCUCAGUUACAGACCAUCAGCAGGAUACUCACAGAAGCGCCUCACAGAGAAGCUGCGUGUUCCAUACUUCGUGGGGGAGCACUUCUCUAAAGAGUGGAGCGGGGGAAACCUGAAGAACCUGGAACGCAGCGUUGAGGACGACUACAUCUCCAACCUCCGCAAUAACUGCUGGAAGGAGAAGCAGCAGAAGGAAGGAAUGCUGUACAGAGCGCGAUACUUCGGAGACUCGGACCUGUACGAGAGAGCGCAACGAGCCCGCACUCCGAGCUGCGCCAAGCUGUACCAACCACCACAGGUACAGACCAGCACAGGUACCAACCAGCACAGGUACCAACCACCACAGGUACAGACCAGCACAGGUACCAACCAGCACAGGUACCAACCACCACAGGUACAGACCAGCACAGGUACCAACCAGCACAGGUACCAACCACCACAGGUACAGACCAGCACAGGUACCAACCAGCACAGGUACCAACCACCACAGGUACAGACCAGCACAGGUACCAACCAGCACAGGUACCAACCAGCACAGGUACAGACCAGCACAGGUACCAACCACCACAGGUACAGACCAGCACAGGUACCAACCAGCACAGGUACAGACCAGCACAGGUACCAACCAGCACAGGUACAGACCAGCACAGGUACCAACCAGCACAGGUACAGACCAGCACAGGUACAGACCACAGGUACAGACCAGCACAGGUACCGACCAGCACAGGUACAGACCACAGGUACCGACCAGCACAGGUACAGACCACAGGUACAGACCAGCACAGGUACCGACCAGCACAGGUACAGACCACAGGUACAGACCAGCACAGGUACAGACCACAGGUACAGACCAGCACAGGUACAGACCACAGGUACCGACCAGCACAGGUACCAACCAGCACAGGUACAGACCAGCACAGGUACAGACCACAGGUACCGACCAGCACAGGUACAGACCACAGGUACCGACCAGCACAGGUACCAACCAGCACAGGUACAGACCAGCACAGGUACCAACCAGCACAGGUACAGACCAGCACAGGUACCAACCAGCACAGGUACCGACCAGCACAGGUACAGACCACAGGUACAGACCAGCACAGGUACAGACCACAGGUACAGACCAGCACAGGUACCGACCACCACAGGUACAGACCAGCACAGGUACCAACCAGCACAGGUACCAACCACCACAGGUACAGACCAGCACAGGUACCACCCAGCACAGGUACAGACCAGCACAGGUACCAACCAGCACAGGUACAGACCAGCACAGGUACAGACCACAGGGGCCGAGGUAACAGUAGAAGUGGUACAGACUUCUGGACCGGCCCCUGGUGGAGGUCAGGGCCUUCAGAAUGUAGGUCAGACAUUCUGCUGA